AUUACUACAUCACUAAGCCUGACUUAUAUAAUGAUGCUCCAAGUAACACGUAUUGUGAGUUUAAAAACUUGGUAAGCGUUCCUAAAUUAAUUUAUGGAUGCUGCUGGUGCUACCCUUUUGUGUUACAUCUUCUUCAUAGCUUUGCUCAUUUUCCCAAUACUUUUCAAGUCCCUUGUCACACGAAGCACAAAGAAAUUUCGACCACCACCAAGUCCACCAACACUUCCCAUCAUAGGCCACCUCCACCUUGUGGGCUCAGUCAUACCAAAAUCAUUCCAAGCCCUAGCUCGCCUCUAUGGCCCUCUCAUUCAGCUCCGUUUAGGUGCCUCAACAUGCGUAGUUGUCUCCAACGACCAAGUUGCCAAAGAAGUGAUGAAAACCAACGACCUCAAUUUCUGUUACCGACCCCACUUUGGAUCCUCCGAGUACUUCUUGUACAAAGGCUCUGAUUUUAUCACCGCCCCAUAUGGCCCUUAUUGGCGCUUCAUCAAGAAGCUUUGCAUGACGCAGCUUCUAUCCAGCUCGCAGCUAGGGCGCUUCGUGCACGUCCGAGAGCAAGAAAUUAAUAAACUCUUGAAAUCUGUUCUAGUGUGUUCCAGUGAAGGUAGGGUUAUUGAUUUGAGCUUUGAGCUCACUUCUUUGACCAACAAUAUCUUGUGCCGGAUGGCUAUGAGCACCAGCUGUUUGGAUAGGGUUCAUGAUGCUGCUGAGAUUCUUGACUUGGUGAGGGAGUUUUUGCAUGCAGGAGCUAAGUUGAGCAUGGGUGAGGUGUUGGGACCUUUGGGGAAGUUUGAUUUGUUUGGGUAUGGGAAGAAGCUUGUCAAAAUAGUUGGCAAGUUUGAUCAGGUUUUGGAGCGUAUCAUGGAGGAACACGAAGAGAAAAACACUGAGGUUCGUCGAGGAGAAACAGGGGACAUGAUGGAUAUUAUGUUGCAAGUUUAUAAAGAUCCAAAUGCUGAAGUGAGGUUAACAAGGAAUCAUAUCAAGGCCUUCUUCCUAGAUAUUUUCCUAGCGGGAACAGAAACGUCUUCAGCAGCGUUGCAAUGGGCAAUGGCUGAGAUGAUGAACAAGGAAGGAGUGUUAAAAAGGGUGAAGGAAGAGAUCGAUGAAGUGGUGGGAACUAACAGGUUGGUUAGUGAAUCAGACAUUACAAAUCUACGUUACCUCCAAGCUGUAGUGAAGGAAGUUUUAAGACUCCAUCCAACGGCGCCGCUUGCUAUAAGAGAAUCAGCAGAGAACUGCAGCAUCAACGGGUAUGAUAUCAAGGGCCAGACACGAACACUCAUCAAUGUCUACGCCAUCAUGCGGGACCCAGAAGCGUGGCCCAACCCAGAGGAGUUUAUGCCGGAGAGGUUCUUGGAUGGGAUCAACGCCGCUGAUUUCAGCUAUCUUCCGUUUGGGUUUGGCAGGAGGGGGUGCCCUGGAUCUUCCCUUGCAUUAACGCUCAUACAAGUCACGCUUGCAUCGCUUAUCCAAUGUUUUCAAUGGAAUAUCAAAGCCGGAGAGAAGCUUUGUAUGGAAGAAGCCUCAUCCUUCUCUACAGGAUUGGCAAAGCCUCUUCUUUGUUACCCUAUAACUCGUUUUAAUCCUUUUUAACUUUCAGCUCAAUGCAAUUUCCAAGGGAUAAUGCCAUAGUGUUUUAAGUUAGUUUUUUGUUAAAA